AGCUCCUCCUUCCCGCCUCUUGUCUCAGUCCAAGAUGGCGGCGCAGUUCGUGCAGACCAAGCUGAAAGGCGACAAAGUGGUGAUGUUCAUCAAGCCCACGUGUUCCUACUGCGUCCUGGCCAAGGAGGUGUUGUCCAAGUACAAGUUGAAGCCGGGACACCUGGAGUGUGUGGACAUCAGCGCGCGCAAAGACAUGAGCAGCAUGCAGGACUACUUCCUGGAGCUGACCGGGGCGAGAACCGUCCCCCGCGUUUUUAUUGGCGAGGAGUGUAUUGGCGGCGGCAGUGACGUGGAGGCGCUGCACGACAGUGGCCAGCUGAAGGGGAUGCUGCAGUCCAUCGGCGCCCUGCAGUGACCUCUGCUGGACCAGCAGUCCUGUGGCGUCCAGGUGAGGUCACAUGACCACGCAGCGAGACUUGCGUAGUUUGCGACGCCGCUGCUGAUAGUCGCUGAGCUCCUGCAGAUAUCCUCUGGACGGCCAGCGCAGUCUCUCCACCUGCUCCCGCUCCUCCUCUGCAACACACCUCCAUCUUUACUCUCCACCUGCUCCCGCUCCUCCUCUGCAACACACCUCCAUCUUUACUCUCCACCUGCUCCCGCUCCUCCUCUGCAACACACCUCCAUCUUUACUCUCCACCUGCUCCCGCCCCUCCUCUGCAACACACCUCCAUCUUUACUCUCCACCUGCUCCCGCUCCUCCUCUGCAACACACCUCCAUCUUUACUCUCCACCUGCUCCCGCCCCUCCUCUGCAACACACCUCCAUCUUUACUCUCCACCUGCUCCCGCUCCUCCUCUGCAACACACCUCCAUCUUUACUCUCCACCUGCUCCCGCUCCUCCUCUGCAACACACCUCCAUCUUUACUCUCCACCUGCUCCCGCCCCUCCUCUGCAACACACCUCCAUCUUUACUCUCCACCUGCUCCCGCCCCUCCUCUGCAACACACCUCCAUCUUUACUCUCCACCUGCUCCCGCCCCUCCUCUGCAACACACCUCCAUCUUUACUCUCCACCUGCUCCUCCUCUGCAACACACCUCCAUCUUUACUCUCCACCUGCUCCCGCUCCUCCUCUGCAACACACCUCCAUCUUUACUCUCCACCUGCUCCCGCUCCUCCUCUGCAACACACCUCCAUCUUUACUCUCCACCUGCUCCCGCCCCUCCUCUGCAACACACCUCCAUCUUUACUCUCCACCUGCUCCCGCCCCUCCUCUGCAACACACCUCCAUCUUUACUCUCCACCUGCUCCCGCCCCUCCUCUGCAACACACCUCCAUCUUUACUCUCCACCUGCUCCUGCUCCUCCUCUGCAACACACCUCCAUCUUUACUCUCCACCUGCUCCCGCUCCUCCUCUGCAACACACCUCCAUCUUUACUCUCCACCUGCUCCCGCCCCUCCUCUGCAACACACCUCCAUCUUUACUCUCCACCUGCUCCCGCUCCUCCUCUGCAACACACCUCCAUCUUUACUCUCCACCUGCUCCCGCCCCUCCUCUGCAACACACCUCCAUCUUUACUCUCCACCUGCUCCCGCUCCUCCUCUGCAACACACCUCCAUCUUUACUCUCCACCUGCUCCCGCCCCUCCUCUGCAACACACCUCCAUCUUUACUCUCCACCUGCUCCCGCCCCUCCUCUGCAACACACCUCCAUCUUUACUCUCCACCUGCUCCCGCCCCUCCUCUGCAACACACCUCCAUCUUUACUCUCCACCUGCUCCCGCUCCUCCUCUGCAACACACCUCCAUCUUUACUCUCCACCUGCUCCCGCCCCUCCUCUGCAACACACCUCCAUCUUUACUCUCCACCUGCUCCCGCUCCUCCUCUGCAACACACCUCCAUCUUUACUCUCCACCUGCUCCCGCUCCUCCUCUGCAACACACCUCCAUCUUUACUCUCCACCUGCUCCCGCCCCUCCUCUGCAACACACCUCCAUCUUUACUCUCCACCGCCCGUCCAAAAACUACUUCUUUGCAUGAAGGAUGACAAUAAAAUAUGCUAAUCACAAA